GUGAUACUCAUGGUUGCGACACGAUGACUGACAGAGACAAGGGUCACACACAUAAAUCCUUAUCCCGAAUCAAACCUUCCUCUCGGCACACCAACACCUCACAUACCGCACCACACUCAUCCCCACCACUCACCUAGCCAACCACAUUCCUCACUCGCCAUCAUCCGCUGCCUUCCCCCCUCCUCCCCCGCUCUCUCUGCCCACAAGUCUCCUCUUGGCCUCCGCCGCCAUCGCCUUACAGCUGGGCGCCUCUCCCCUAAGGAAGGCCUCGAGGUCCAUGGAUAUGUCAAAGAGCUCGUCGGCCAGGGGGUCGGACGGGUUGGGUGUGGGGCUGUACAGCUGUGGCUUCUUGAGCACCUUGAGGCUCUCCUUCCGCAGGGUGGCGGGCGUCAGGUCGGCAAAGUCGUCAGGGUCGACCUGCUUGGCGUCCCACUGACCACACACAGGGAGAGAGGACAGUGGGAGUGUGGAUGUGUGUUGUCUGUUGUCUGUGUGUUUGGUUACCUUGGUCAUGUCUGCCUCGAAGAGCUGGGCGAGAUCGGCCACGGCAGGGUGCCAAUGCCUGACACACACACACACACACACACAUGUAAUGCUCGCCUCCUCUCCUGUCGUGUGUGUGAGUUCCUGCCUACUUCCUGAGGAGCUUGAUCUCCCACAGAGAGAAGCCCUUGAAGCGAUUCACCGCCUGCUGCUGCUUCCCGCCCUCCCCCUCCCCCUCUCCAUCCUCCCCCUCUCCCUCCGCUCCCUCAUGCUGCUUGACGAUCUCGCACAGCGCAUCCAGGUCACCCUUGACGCGAAAGAAAGGGUCGCCUCCCUCGAUCGGCUCCAUCUCGGGCACAGUGGGGUCGGUCCACUCCGGCCGAUCCACAUGGAUGAGGGGCAUGCACACGGCCUUGUUGCGCAUGAUGAGCGCAUACGUCAUGGCCACGCACCAGACGGCUCCGUGUGGGGGCGACAGGCACGCCACUCGCAUUAAGCGCUUGCAGAAGGCGGCGAGCAUGGCGGAGGGGACCAUGGUGGAGCGGAGGGAGAGGUUGACGAGCUGCAGGAAGGUCUUGCGGUUGGGCACGGCGAAGAUGGCGGGCCGGAUGAGGUCAUACAGCCGGUGAUAGAAGCGGGAGACCGACUUGGCCACCACUUCGGGGUCGCCCAGCUUGUACUUGGUCAGCAGGUAGAAGAGCCCACUGAGGGCCGUGAUGGACGUCUCGUAGCUGCCCUUGUCAAAGGCCUUGAGCAGGAAAUCCGCCAAAGUGAGAGGGUUGGAGAUGUAGGGCAUCACGCCGACAGACAGAUGGCUCAGCAAAGACUGCGCGGUCGACGGCACCAGCGGCAGACUCAGAUACGCCAGCCAGGCGGACUGGUACGCCAGCCGAUAGGAAUGCGGGCUCUUGCACUUGGUCGUCAGCACAUUGGCCACGAACAGACCUUCAGGCCGCUCCUCCUCCUGCCCGUCGGCGGACUUGCUGCGCCUCUUGCUCCCUCUUGGAGCCUUCUCUGGGCGCGGGACGCUCUUGAGCAUCUGCAGGCACCGCUUGCUGACGGUCUGCAGCUCGUGGCUCAGAUGCGGCCCGUCAGUGGCGGCCGCAGAGCUCUCCGCUCCCGACUCAGGCUCGCGCACACCCAUCAGCGCACCCAGAUAGAACACACCUGGGUACGUUGGCUCGCCCUUGCCGUUGCUGUCAGCCUUUGACGGCGGCACAUCGCCGUUCAUUUCCUCCUCCUUGCUGCCGGCCUCGGCCUGCUUGAGUUGCUGGUGUGUGUGGUUGAUGACGCGCUUGAGCACGAGCAGGAAGUAGUAGGAGAGGUCGGCAUAGGGGGUGAGGUACUCGGCCAUGAGUGUGGUGUGGAGGGCGGUGGUGUAGGUGGGGGCGUGGACGACCUCGUGGACGAGGGUCUGGAGGAAGCGCGUGGGGAAGGUGAAGUCUUCGUGCUGCUGCCAUAGCAAGGCCUCCUGCUGCAGACUGUGCAGGUAGUGCCGCACCGCACAUACCUGAAUUGAAUAUAUGAAGGAUUGGGCCACACAGAACAAACAUGACGCGACCCACCUUCUUUCGUGUGCGUGGCUGUGUUGAUUCACCUGUAGUUUGCUCCUCGUCUGCUUCCCCCUCGGCUGACACGAGAUGAAGGACAGCACCAGCUUGACGUAGUUGUCAAAGUUGAGCUCCAGCCACUUGCGCAGCCUCUCGUCGGCGGUGCUCAAACCGUCCGUCGCGCCCGUGGCACCGUCAUCCUCGCCCUCUCCAUCUCCCUCGGCAUCCCACUGUCGCUUCCUGCGCUUGGCGUUGAGGAAUGCCGGCAGCCGGUGCUGCCUCUUGUAGUGGUAGAAGAUGCGCUGGAGGCUCUGCAGGCAGGAGGCCACCUCCUCAACUGUACCCACCUCCUGACACACAAGAGAGAGGAGGCAUACCACUCAUGAGAUGAGAUGUGUCCACGAUGGAUGAGUGGCGAUGAGUGCACAGGCCUUCCUUCCUGACCUACCUGGCAGUCAUCGAAUAUGUGGCCGAUCUGUGCGAGUCCUGUUGGGUUCUUGAGGGCUUUCUCCUCUGUCCUCGCCACCAACGCCUCGUCGAGCUCCUUGCAGCCAUCCAUCCUCCCUUCCCAACCCUCCCCAGGGUCCAU